UUUGUAGGGCAAGGAAAAAAGUGGAUAAGGCUGUAUUCUUCCCCGCCUUCACUUCUCUAUCGCUGCUUUUUGCCUCCUGCAUCGAUUCGUCCCAGGUUUAGAAAAAUUAAAUGGCCUCCGCCGCCAAUUCUGGUGGAGAAUUGCUGCUCUAGGAGAAGAAGAAGAGGGACAAGAACACAUGUGGUCUCUUUGUCCUUUGUUUUUCUCCAUUUCUUCGAUCAAUCCAAAGGGCGAGAGCUAGGCACGAUGAAAUCACGUUGGUACAACCACAUCAAGAAAAAAGUGUACGCUUUCAACGCAUGCUAUAAUGUGAUCGCAAGUGAAUAUAGGAGUGGUCAUAGUGACAAAGAUUUGUUGGCAAUGGCACUUGAGAAAUAUAAAUCGCAAUGUGGCACCAACUUUAGCUGCCUACAUGUGUGGGAAAUUCUAAAAGAAGAGCCAAUGUUCCAACCACAAAUGAAUGAAGAUUUUUCUUCUUCAAAAAAGGCGAGAACAUCAUAUGCGAUUACAUAUCAUGAAUCAUCAACAGGAGCGCAGUACAUCGAAUUCAACCUAAAUACUAAUGCAGUUCGUCCAAUCAGCAAUAAAGCUGCAAAAAUAAAAGCAAAAGGCAAAGGUAAAGUUAGUGAAGGACCCAAAGGAGAGGCAUUUGAUGAUUACUACAAAAGAUUCGAUAAGUACAAUGAAUUGAAACAAAAGGAUAUCAAAUUAAAACAAAAGGAGAUCGAUGCUAAAGCAGAAGAGAGGAAAAUUCAAGAAUGGAACAUCGUGAUGCAGGAUACUUCGUGCAACGUGAGAUUUAUAGUAUUUUCGUAGGUCAACUUAUGACAAAGUGGAGGGCUUCGCAAAAAUAAAAUAAUGUGAUUAUUUUGGGUAUGGAUUAUCAAUAAUGCGUGUCGUGCAUUAUAAUUUAAAAAAUAAGACAAUGUAUGUUAUGUGUUUCAAGAAUGAAUUGUUACUCUGGUUUUAUUUGAAUAUAUUUCAUAUUGCAUUGAGACUUGAUACAUUCUCUAAUAUAGUAUUAUGUAUGUAUGUAUGUACGCACGCAGGUAGAUGGUGAAUGAAUUGAAGGAUUUAUCUAAUUCUUAUC